AUGGCUAAGUGCGUUUUCAAGCACUUUCACAACUUCGACUUUGUCGAGCAACUUGGCACACUCCAAUGCAGUGCGACCAUUUGCGUCUUUUAUGCUCAGGUCUAUCCCUUCACGAACCAAAAAGCUAACAACUUCAACAUUUCCAAGCUCCGCCGCCUUGCUAUUGAGCGAAGCACCUUCACUGAGAAGGAGCUGCAAAACUUCGAUGAUUUCCGAUUUCCGUUCGAGCGCGUGAAAAAGAAGCUGGCCUUGAUGGACAUGGCCUCCGCGGCCCAGCAAGAGUUUAAUGUUUGA